AUGCAAUGCGCUGUCCGGAGAUCAAAUAACUUUGUUGGCGAAUGGAGGAGUUGUACAGCGAGGUAUCCCAAUCCACUGUGGAUUACACGUCAUCCUAUUGUGCUAAUCAGCGCAGAGGAGCGUUUGACCAGGAUGUUCACUGUUCUCGGUUUCUUGCCAGGUUCCUGGCUUGACCUUUCCUUCUCCUUCUGCACAAUCGGUCGACGCAUUCCAGACAGAACAUCCUUGGUUGGCCUCCCAACGUCAGGGGCAUCAUCCAUAGUUUUCAGUUGA